AUGAAACCUUCUCAUGAGUCGUCAACCACAUUCACACCUCCAUUCCAAAAAAUACAAGUCCACAAUGUCAAUCAAUACAAAAAGUUGGAUGCAGGGUGCUUCCAUACGUUGCAUAAAUUUGACACGGACUCACGCUGCAUUAUACUAGAAGAAAUUCGAAGACUAGAAAAAUCCGGUGCAAACCGUACAGAAAUGUUUUCAAAAGCGGCUAUUGCAGUUUACAAGCGGAUUGGGAAGCUAUUGACUGUUAACGAUGUGAAGAAUGUGGAGAAGACAGCAAUCAUUAUCCUUCGAAAUCGUCUCAAAGCUGCUAUUGAGAGUGAGAUGUCUGAUGAGGAAACCGAGGAGCAUCUGAAGGACUGGUGUUAUUAUCAUGUUAUUAGUCACAAGAGGAAAGAUCUGAAAAACUUUGUUCGCAAAGUAAAAAUGAAACAUGAAAUUGCUAAAUAUGGCAAGAUAAAAGAGGUUACUUCUAAGAAUGCUCAACGUCCAACUCAGCAGAUUUCCAUUGAUUCUUUAUUUUCUUCACAUUCUACGCCAAAUUGGCCACCCCCAACCUGCCAUGAAUAUUUUCAUCCCACAAAUGAGUAUCUUUCGCCUAUACCACCAACACAAUCAAUAUUUAAUUUUGAUUAUUCCACUGCAAUGUCGAGCAAUUGUUCCUGCUGCAACAAGUGGAAUGACACGUCACUCAUUCCACUGCCAUCAGUUCAAUAUCAUUAUCAAAAUUUGACGCCUGUGGAAAAUCAACUUGGUUAUGAAUACAACAACAGUAGACCGGAUUAUCGACAAUCAUAUGCUUUUUAUGAGCAACAAUUGAUUUCUAGACCUUUUUUUGGAAAAGCAGGACAUAUAGAAUUAGAUGGAAAAGUGCAUUUGGCUGGAGACCAAAAUAUAUUUGAAGAUCCCAGCACCGACGAAGAGAAAUGGUAUCACGAUCUUGAUCAGAAAUGGUUCGGACAAAAGUAUUUCGAAUAA